CAGAUGGAGCAGAAUAUGGCUGUCCAACUGCAAGUGCUGUUCAUCCUUGGGAUGGCGUCUUACGUCAUGACUGCGAUCAACUUUCUGAUCAAGUUUCCCGAUCUUAUGAAUCAGGGUCCGGGGUGUCCGAAAAUUCCGGCAAUAAAAGACUUUAAUCCUGAACAGUAUGCAGGCACAUGGUACGAGAUUCAGAAAUUAAACAACACAUUGCAGAUAAACUCUAAAUGUGUGUCUUACACGCAAUCUGCAACAAGAAAUGGAAGCUUCGAUGUUGAUUAUCGCAGGAUAAUUACCUUGUUAGGGAAGAAUUUCGACAUAACAACAAGUGGAAAAUUUACACGGAUAGAUAAGAAGCGGCCUAACUUGUUCAGUGUCGUAAUAAAAAAACUGGAGAUGGUAAACUACUAUAUCUUGGAGACAGACUAUAACAACUACUCCAUCGCAUACACGUGCUCGAAGAUGUUUGGUUUCCCACGAAUUGAAAUGGCAUGGCUUCUGUCCAGAAGUAAACAGAAUAUGAUCUCCGAAAGUGAAAUGGCUAACCUGUAUUCAAAGAUGACAAACCUCGGGAUUGAUGCAUCUAAAUUUACAGAGAGCAGCCAAGACAGUUGUGAAGCAGACUUUACAAUUUAAUAUUUCUGUAGAAUGUUUUAAAGUGUUUUCAUGAAAUACACAAGAUUCUCACGCAGUUUAGCAUUAUUUCCUUUUUUUCGACGUUUUAAAGGGAUAUUAUUGCAAUCCUUAAUCCAAGCAAAGGU